AUGGCGGCAGCUUUAGUAUCCAGAUUCUCCAAUGGAGGACGUUCAUUGCUUGGAGGUCUUAAGAAUAGUGUCUCUGGAUUGAUGAAUUCUUCCAAUGGAGUGAUGAUGAAUGAAACUAUCCUCUCUCAGCAGCAACAGAGAAGGACAUUCAUUCAAAUGGGGACGGUUCUCAAAGUGGUGGACAACUCGGGAGCGAAGAAAGUGAUGUGUAUCCAAGCCCUAAAGUGUAGGAAAGGAGCUAAGCUCGGAGACACGAUCGUCGCCUCGGUGAAAGAAGCGAUUCCGAACGGUAAAGUGAAGAAAGGAGCGGUCGUGUACGCUGUGGUUGUGAGAGCUGCGAUGCAGAGAGGUCGUGUUGAUGGGAGCGAGGUCAAGUUCGAUGAUAACGCGGUUGUGCUUGUUGAUAACAAGAACAAAGGUAUCAAGACUGAUCGGCAGCCGAUUGGUACUCGUGUGUUUGGUCCUGUGCCUCACGAGCUACGCAAGAAGAAACAUCUCAAGAUUCUUGCUUUGGCUCAGCACAUUGCUUAA